AUGAAUCAUACGGCCAUUACAGAUCGAUUCCCAAUUAUUGACAAGAAUAUCGAGUAUAUCGACGAGAAUGACGAGAACGCGUUUGUUAUCCCAGAGACUGGCUCCAUCAUUGGCACCAAGCCCGUGAACUUCUCUGCGCCUUUUGGUGCUGCACUUUCGGCCGUUGAUUUCCAUCUUCUGUCUCAGAGUGCUAAGCGAGUGUCGGCCCGAAGCCACGCACUCAUUCUGGAUACCUGA